AUUAGGACGCACCAAGGAGCCUACAUCACUGGCGGUAAAAUCUGCGAGGCGAAGGGCACCGCGCCGACGCCCGACACGCCUCCCCGCGGCACCGCCUCUCCAAGUCUCGUGUGCUGCGCGCACCGCGGGAACCGGGCGCCCGCCUCUCCUCCCGCCCCGCUCCGCCCCGCCCCUCCCCUCCCCUCCCGCAACGCCGAGUGCGCGUGCGCAUCGCGUCCGCCCCGUUGCCGCGCCUCUAGCUGCCCUGGUUACCGUUGGUGUUUGCGAAUUCUCUGUGGCGCCUGUUCCGCCCCGGACGGGCCCCGCGGCGGUUUUCACACGCGCGCGCCGGCGUCACGUGGGCCAGGGCUCCCACGCGGACGCAGGCCAGCUGCUGAGGCGGGAGGAAGGCGUUGCGGCUACCGCUAGCCCUUCCCUCUCCGCCCCAGGGCUGGCGCGCGGAUAAAAAAAAAUGGCGAAAUGCGGGGUAGCCGGUGGGGAACCCGACGGGAUGGGGCGCGGAGGUGGCACUGUUGUGGGAGCCUGCUGAGGUGAGCGCAGCUGACCUGGCGACCUCGGGCCGGCGCCUGACAGCGCAGACACGGACUCCGAGGGUCGCCGAGGGCCCCGCCGAGAGCCGGAGGCAAUGGAUGAGCAGAGUGUGGAGAGCAUUGCUGAGGUUUUCCGAUGUUUCAUUUGUAUGGAGAAAUUGCGGGAUGCUCGACUGUGUCCUCAUUGCUCCAAGCUCUGUUGUUUCAGCUGUAUUAGGCGCUGGCUGACAGAGCAAAGAGCUCAGUGUCCUCACUGUCGUGCUCCACUCCAGCUACGGGAACUGGUGAACUGUCGUUGGGCGGAAGAAGUGACACAGCAGCUUGACACUCUCCAGCUGUGUAGUCUCACCAAACAUGAAGAAAAUGAGAAAGACAAAUGUGAAAAUCACCAUGAAAAACUUAGUGUGUUUUGCUGGACUUGUAAGAAGUGUAUCUGCCAUCAGUGUGCACUUUGGGGAGGAAUGCAUGGUGGACACACGUUUAAACCUUUGGCAGAAAUUUAUGAACAACAUGUCACUAAAGUGAAUGAAGAGGUAGCCAAACUUCGUCGACGUCUCAUGGAGCUGAUCAGCUUAGUUCAAGAAGUGGAAAGAAAUGUAGAAGCUGUAAGAAAUGCAAAGGACGAGCGUGUUCGGGAAAUUAGGAAUGCGGUAGAGAUGAUGAUUGCACGACUAGAUACACAGCUGAAGAAUAAGCUCAUAACUCUCAUGGGUCAGAAGACAUCUCUUACUCAAGAAACGGAGCUGUUGGAAUCUUUACUUCAGGAGGUAGAACAUCAGUUGCGGUCUUGCAGUAAGAGCGAGCUGAUCUCCAAGAGCUCAGAGAUCCUAAUGAUGUUCCAGCAAGUUCACCGAAAGCCCAUGGCAUCCUUUGUCACCACACCUGUCCCACCAGACUUUACCAGUGAAUUGGUACCAUCCUAUGAUUCAGCUACUUUUGUUUUAGAGAACUUCAGCACUUUGCGGCAGAGAGCAGAUCCUGUUUACAGUCCGCCUCUUCAAGUUUCAGGACUUUGUUGGAGGUUAAAAGUUUACCCAGAUGGAAAUGGAGUUGUACGUGGCUAUUAUUUAUCUGUAUUUUUGGAACUAUCGGCUGGCUUGCCUGAAACUUCCAAGUAUGAAUAUCGUGUAGAAAUGGUUCACCAGUCGUGCAAUGAUCCUACAAAAAAUAUCAUUCGAGAAUUUGCAUCUGACUUUGAAGUUGGAGAGUGCUGGGGCUACAAUAGGUUUUUUCGUUUGGAUUUACUUGCAAACGAAGGAUACUUGAACCGACAAAAUGAUACAGUGAUUUUAAGGUUUCAGGUGCGCUCACCAACAUUUUUUCAAAAAUGCCGGGAUCAGCACUGGUAUAUUACUCAGUUGGAAGCUGCACAGACUGGUUAUAUCCAACAAAUAAACAAUCUUAAAGAGAGACUGACUAUUGAGCUGUCCCGAACUCAGAAAUCCAGAGAUCUGUCACCACCAGAUAAUCAUCUUAGCCCUCAAAAUGAUGAUUCUCCUGAGACACGAACUAAGAAAGCUGGGUCAUGCUCUGACAUGCUUCUGGAAGGCGGUCCUACUUGCGCUUCUGUACGAGAGACCAAGGAAGAUGAAGAUGAGGAGGAGAAGAUUCAGAAUGAAGACUAUCAUCAUGAGCUCUCGGAUGGAGAUCUGGACCUGGAUCUUGUUGGAGAAGAUGAAGUGAAUCACCUUGAUGGCAGCAGCUCUUCUGCUAGUUCUACAGCAACAAGCAACACAGAAGAAAACGAUAUUGAUGAGGAGACCAUGUCUGGGGAAAAUGAUGUAGAAUAUAACAGUAUGGAGCUGGAAGAGGGAGAGCUCAUGGAAGAUGCAGCUGCUGCAGGUCCUCCAGGUAGUAGCCACAGCUAUGUGGGUGCCAGUAGCAGAAUGUCAAGAAGAACACAUUUAUGCUCUGCAGCUACCAGUAGCUUACUAGACAUUGAUCCUUUAAUCUUAAUACAUUUAUUGGAUCUUAAGGACCGGAGCAGUAUGGAAAACCUGUGGGGUUUACAGCCUCGCCCGUCUGCUUCACUGUUGCAGCCCACAGCAUCAUAUUCUCGAAAAGAUAAAGAUCAAAGGAAGCAGCAAGCGAUGUGGCGUGUGCCCUCUGACCUAAAGAUGCUGAAAAGGCUCAAAACACAGAUGGCUGAAGUCCGGUGUAUGAAGACUGAUGUGAAGACUACGCUGUCAGAUAUAAAGGGCAGCAGUGUUGCUUCCACAGACAUGCAGACAAACCUAUUCUGUGCUGACCAGGCAGCUCUGACUACCUGUGGACCCGAAAACUCUGGUAGAUUACAGGAUUUGGGAAUGGAGCUUCUAGCAAAGUCAUCAGUGGCUGGCUGUUACAUACGAAACCCCACAAAUAAGAAGAAUUCCCCCAAGUCAGCUCGGGCCAUAGCAGGCAGUCUGUCACUCCGAAGAGCUGUGGACUCUGGAGAAAAUAGCCGUUCAAAGGGAGACUGUCAGGUUCUGGCUGAAGGCUCCUCGGGAAGCUCUCAGUCUGGGAGCAGACACAGCUCCCCCCGGGCUCUGACACACGGCAUCAUUGGGGAUCUUCUGCCCAAAAGUGAAGACCGACAGUGCAAAGCCUUGGAUUCUGACGCUGUGGUUGUUGCAGUUUUCAAUGGUUUACCUACUGUUGAGAAGAGAAGGAAAAUGGUCACCUUGGGGACUAAUGCAAAAGGAGGUCGUCUGGAAGGAAUGCAGAUGGCAGAUUUGGAAAGUCAUUCUGAAGCUGGGGAGGUACAGCCCACACUACCUGAAGGAGCCUCAGCCGCCCCUGAGGAAGGAAUGAGUAGUGACAGCGACAUUGAAUGUGACACUGAGAACGAGGAGCAGGAAGAACACACCAGCAUGGGCGCGUUCAACGAUCCGUUCCUGGCUCAGCCCCCCGAUGAAGGUGCAUCAUGCAGUCAUUUUACACAGAUUCACAUUCCAGUUUUCCUGAUGGUGAACAAAUAGACCCUGAAAAUCUCCACUUCAACCCUGAUGAAGGAGGUGGAAGGUAAUUGCCAGACAUGAGAGCCGAGCUACAAGCUACCUGGUCCCUGAAAUUUGUUGGAAAUUGGUGCUCAAAAUUGUCAGCAGUCAGAUAAUCAGACUUAUUUAGUCCCAUUUCUUUUUGUCAUCUCUACCUGAAAUAGCAGUUCUGAAACUAUUAGAAGGCACACAAUUCCAGCAGGGUGCAGUAGUAUAUGUGGAAAAGAUUAAGGCAAAAGAGUUCUUUCCAAUAUAAUGAACUAACAGUGUAGUGCUCAAUUAAUUUAGCAAAUUAGUACAUUAACAAAGGCAGCUUGUCUACUGUAACAGAAAGCCAGCUAAGUGCCAGAAAGUACCUGGAGGCAUUGCAUGAUCUGAUCUGGCUCAGCAUCGGUGCGCUUCUGUCUUUGACUGACACAUGGUUUAGAUGGCCAUGGUUAGGUUUUUCAUUAGGCUGUGAUUUCAUUAAGGCUUGUAUAAUAGUGAAAAGGAAGAGUGCUUAUAAACAGACUUUGCUCAGUGGACACUUUUCCUGAGUAACUGCAGCAAUGUUAGACAGACUCUUUUCUUUGAAAUAUGACGAUAGACCAAAUUUUAUGUUUUUCUCACUUGUUCAAGUAUUGGCAUACCGGGUAAUGGCACCCCUUCUCUCAGUUAUGUGACCUUUACAGGUGUCGUUUCAAAUGAGCUCAGUCAUUGGGGAUUGGUUCUAUGCAUGGUCAUUUGGACGCAUGUAAGAUUACUUAAAGUUGUUCAUCUUUUCUGCUUCCUGAAACAUAACUAUAGUGCAACAAAUAUUUUUGAACAAUAUAUUUCCAUUGGUUGGACCUUGAUCUCAGUGAGUGCAUCUAAAGAUUUAUGCAUAUACAUGAAGCUGUGUUCAAGGCUUUCUUGCAUAUUCCCAAUUAGUCCAAACCCCAAAUGAUUGCCAAAUUUUGCUACUGUGCUCCUGUGUUUGUGUUUGAGCUGUUGUAUGUUUGUAAAUGUCACACUUAAAGCUGGCCAAGAGACUGUUGAAGAAGCGUGGAUGUGCAUAGGAGAGCACCCCCCCCACCUGCAUGUACUUAGUGCCUCCUCUGUGUCCCAUGGUGAUAGCUUGCUUGCUGAAUGCUGUGACUCAUAGUUUACUGUUCUCUUAACAGCUUGCACUUUUCGUUAAUAAAAUUAACUUGAGAAAAUGUGCCUCUGCAGUUUAUUCAAAGUGGGACCAGAAGCACCACUCCCCCUCUUAAAUUUUUUGCUGUGGCUGUUUAGCAGUGUAGACAAGGACAUUUUCUUAUGGCAUUGGGCUAAUAAUCAUUCCUUUUAAAACCAAAAGAUUUCUUCAUAAAUAAUAAAAUAUAUGGAAAGAAUAAUUCUUACUCCAAUCCCUAGCUAUCUUAUAUUCUAAAAUGUCCAACAAGUAGGUGGCAUUUUACUUUUGGUAUUUUGACUCUUCUGGGGAAGAGGCUCAGAGCCCUUGCAUGCUAGGCAAGCAUGUUACUCCUGAGCUAAAGUUGUCCGGGAUACCCAGUGUUUCGAUGAUGGCAGGAGCUGCACUAUGGCCACCUUGGCUGUGCUUGAAGGCAGGUGGGGAGAAGGGCAGAGGCAUGAUGGUAGAAUCCCUUGCUGUGUCUGCUUGCCCUGGGCUCUUACACUGUGUAUCAGAUUCUCCCCUAAUAAUCCAUCUUUCCUGCAUCGCUUUAUAGAAACAAAACAAAAGACCUUUUCUCUUUUUCGUUGGUCAUAAUUUUUUAUUAGUUUUUCUGUUGUACUUUAUUCAGCAUAAGGUGUGUUUGUUUUGUGUGCAUGUGUGUGCGCAUGUGUUUACGCAUGUACACGAUAGAGGUCAGAGGACACCUUAGGUGCCAUUCCUGGGUAGCCAUCUACUUUCAUUUUACUUGAAACCUUCCUUAAAUACCUAGUUAUUUAUCUUAGGGGUUUUUAAAUUUUUAUUUAUGUGUAUGUGCAUGGGUGUCUGAGGCCACAGCUGCACCUGAUGCUCAGGUGCAGGGAAUUCCGCUCACAAAGCCUCUGGAAAGCUUGAGAACCCAGCCACCACCUCUCUAACCCUGGCUUGCCUUCUUUUUCCUUCCCGUUCUUUCUUUUUGUGGCAGGGUCUCACUAUGUAGCCCUGGCUGGCCUAGAAUUCUCUUUGUAGACGAGGCUGCCUCUGCCUUUUCAUUUCAUGUGCUGGGGUUAAAGGUGUGAAUGUGAGCAUAUUGUUUUUGAACAAUUCUGACAACUUGAUUGUAUUCUUCAGUAAUCUUUGAGAUGGACAAGUUGUGUAUUGUUCCCACUUGGCAAAUUUGGGGAGACUGUGCUGCUCUAAGGUUGGACACCAUGCUUUUUUCAGUUCAUUAUGCUUAACCAAACACCAAUAAAAAGCUGAACAAUUG